CGGGUGCGCGCGCGUUUAAGCUAUGUGUGCGAGAGAGGGAGAGUGUGACAGACGAAAGCGAUAGAGUGGGCUACGGCAAAGCGGAGAAAACUUCGAUAGCCGCUUAGAAAAGUUUGGAAAAGCCACCUGGACAAACCAGCAAAGUGACGCGCCAUUCGGACACAUAACGGCCGUGUUUCCUUCAGGUUUCUACGGAGAAGGCGGACUAACUCCGAAGAGAAAAAGAAUGUUGACUCGGUCUCUGUGCAGGUUGUGUGUUUUUUGGAGCGCGGUGCUGAACGUCAUGUGUGUGACCGAGGAAGAUAAGUCUGAAAAACAAGUGUCCAGACGGCGCUCUCGGCAGGUCGAGGAGGACGGCCCUGAAGGCUUGUGGAGCCCAUGGAGUGACUGGGGGACAUGUUCUCAGAGCUGUGGAGUGGGCGUGUCAGAGAGACGGAGACACUGCAUGCCGCCGCCCCAGCCCCCAGCUCAAACGUGGGGUGGGCCGGCCUACGUGAUGUCGGGUGUCGUGAAUCACUCCCCGGUGAUUUCUGCCAUCAGGCCAUACUAUCCUUCCACAUAUCCUGGCAACGAGCCCCCACAGUUCAGCAACGGGGCGGCUGAUAGGCCGCCGUUUUAUUCCCCCUCUUUUUCAGCGAAUCAGAGUCCCGGAUUGCCCCUCUAUAGGAACACAGCUGAGGGGGCGGACCCAGAGCAGCCCAAUCAUUUGCUUCCUUUCUACAGGCCGGAUUUCACACCUUCCAAUCAGCAGCCGGUUUCAGUUUACCGCUCACAUCCUUUUGCUGCCUCCUCAUCAACUUCACUUCCUUAUGGCCAGCUGGGGAGAGCCUCCAGACGUCCGCCCAAUCAUGGGUCAGCAAGAGCUGGAGGGGGUGGGAAUAGGCGGUCUGUCUCUCCCAAUAGGGAUCCAUCAUCUGUGAGAAGGUCUGGUUCCUCUAUCCGUCCAGGACAGUUUGGUUACGGGAGGGUUCCGUUCUCUCUCCCUCUCCACAGACAGAACCGCCACACACGACAUACGCGUUUCCACGGCAACGUCACAGCUGAGCCCAAGGAGGUGAGCGCGGCGGCCGAAGUGAACGCGGAUGGGGAGGCGGAACGGAGCAGCCCAGAGUCCAAUGGAGAGGCCGAGGUCGGAGACGGAGAACAGACCGACAGGGACCUGCUGCCGCAGGGAGACACACGCGCCGGGAGACCACGCGAGAGAACCAUUAUCCGCCGGGCCCCGCCUCCUUACUCCUCCCCUCUCCACAGACCACAUCCUCCCCAGGACCUGCCCUCUUACGGCCAGGCCCCGCCUAGCCCCAGCUUCCACGCGUGGAACGGCCUCCGGGAGCAGGAGACCAGGACGGACCUGCAAAACUACAGGUGCUCCGGAAAAGACAGAGAGCUCCGCACGUGUAGCGUGCAGCCAUGUCCAGGUUCUCCUGUGGAUCCCAGAUCGGAGCAGUGUGCGGCGUUCAACAGCAAAGAGUUCAUGGGCCGCGCGUACGACUGGGAGCCUUUCACCGAAGUGGGCCUGGAGCAGCAGUGUGAACUCACAUGCCGGCCGGUCGGGUAUCGGUUUUAUGUGCGACAGGCAGAGAGAGUGCGAGAUGGAACGCCCUGUGUCAACAGCACUCCCAAUGACGUGUGUGUAGGGGGGCGCUGUCUGAGCGAGGGAUGUGACGGUGUGCUGGGUUCGGGGCUGGUUCGGGAUCGCUGCGGUGUGUGUGGAGGAGCUGAAGGGUCAUGUGUACGUGUCUCGGGAAGUUUCCUGAACACCAGUGUUCCUCUGGGGUACCACAAACUCCUAGACAUCCCACCAGGAGCAACUGCCAUCAACAUCACAGAGCGACAUGCCAGUCCCAACUACUUGGCGUUGCGAAGCGGUACAGGUCAAUCUAUUGUGAAUGGCCGUUGGGCUGUGGACCCUCCAGGGGAGUACCAGGCCGGGGGCACCACAUUCAGCUAUAGCCGGCCUAGAGGGGGCACUCACGAGCACACUGAGGAGAGAGGAGAGAGCCUCACUGCUCCGGGACCCACAACCACAGUGCUGCAACUUUAUAUCAUUUUCCAUAGGCAGAAUCCAGGAAUCGACUAUGAAUAUUACAUCCCAGUGAAAAAGGAAGUGAUGAGAGAGUGGGAUGGAGGGCUGUCAUCUCUCCGAGACAUCAGUCCUCUUGCUGUAGCUGUUGAAGAACCGGCCUCUCCACCUGUCUCUUCUUCCACCUCUGAUAGGUGGUCUCCGGAAAGGUCCCGCCCACAACUUUUAGGCCCCCAUCGCAAUGUCCGAAUCCCUCCCCGGACGGACAUUCCAUUGGAUAGCAAGCCUGUGUUCGUGUGGAGGAGGGGCAGACUUACAGAGUGUUCUGCAUCCUGUGGCAAAGGUUCUCAGUACAGAGAGAUCGUGUGUGUCAAUAGACACACUGAUGAGGAAGUUCAUGAGAGGAGGUGUGACUCAGCAGCUAAGCUCCUCCCCGAAGAGGAACCAUGCAACGUACAUCCCUGCCCACCAUUCUGGGAGGCAGGGCCCUGGUCUGAGUGCAGUGUGUCGUGUGGGCGGGGCAUGCAACAGAGGCAGCUGCAGUGUAGGCGGAGCUUUGGGAACCGCUCCACCAUGGUACACCCCCAGCAGUGUGCUGCGCUGAGUCGCCCCAACACCACCCAGCCCUGCCAGCUGCGGAUCUGCUCCCACUGGGAGAUCGCCUCCAACUGGAGUGCCUGUUCUGUCGACUGCGGGGUGGGCAAGAGAACACGUAAUGUCCGUUGUGUCAGUAACCAUGGCAACGAGGUGAAUGAGGUGGAGUGCAAUUCCAGGCUCCGCCCACAAGGAAGUGAAGACUGUCACAUGGGGCCAUGUGUCACUAACUGGUACUUCACAGAUUGGACAAACACUUGCUCUGCGACCUGCGGCCCAGGCACCCAACGGCGAGAGGUGGUGUGUUUAAGGAGGGGAGAGGUGCGUGAGGGGGGUAAAAGAAGGGAGUGUGUGGGGGACAAACCCGCUGAUAUGAAGGCCUGCAACAGGGGACCCUGCAGCCCAACAACCCUGUGGUUCACCAGUCCUUGGGGACAGUGUAGCUCUCUGUGCGGAAAUGGAACCCAGCGGAGAGAUGUCAUAUGUGUCCAAAAACUGGGGACAGAUUUUACUUUGAUACAAGCCAGUGAAUGUGCGCACCUGGAAAAACCGUCCCCUGUGCAAACGUGUGAACUGGAACCCUGUAAACCACAGUGGUUCACCACAGAAUGGAGCUCGUGCUCUCGUUCCUGUGGAAAUGGAGUCCAGACUCGAGAAGUACGGUGUCUCACAUUGGACAAACAGCAAAGCUCAGCCUGUGACCCCAGCAGCAAGCCAGAACAGGAGCAGCUCUGUAACACAGUCUCCUGCAACUCCGUCACAGACGAGAAUUGCAGAGACAGGCGUCAGAACUGUGUGAUGGUGGUGCAGGCUCGUCUGUGUGUGUACUCCUACUACAAAACAGCCUGCUGUGCUUCCUGUGCUCAGAGCGCCCAGCGUGCCAAACGACACUGACCUAUUCUGGGUCAGAGGUCACCAACACGUCAGGGGCAUGUCAGUGACUUGGCCAAUCACAGACAUCAUGGGACACAACCAAUCACAGACUGGCUCAGUUCUGAUGGGUAUCUGGGGAGGAAUAGUUUCUAAUGGCUGAACUGAGAUAAGAGUCUUUGUGCAGUUUAACGUUCCUAGAGUGAGGCUCCUCCAAUCCCAGACUGAGGCCAGACCUACCACUCAAAGGCAGAAGGUCCUACUAGCCCCACCCACCCUGCAACACACUUUAGGCAGUUUCUCAAAAUGAGAGCUUGGUCUUUAUCAAAUAUGCCUUUGUUUUAAAAGCACUAAUCUUUUAUUGCAGUGCCAACGUGCAGGAAGCCUGAAUGCUGAAGUUUGUGAGCUAUUUCCAUAUUUUCCAAAUUAAUUCUCCUAAUUCAUUAAAUCAUGUGUUGCCUUCUAAUGAUUAACUUAUAGGAAAAACUCAAAAACUGGCCUAAAGUUACAGUUUUUCUUCAGCACAAUUUGUGUUUGUCAGCACAGGUAUAAGAGCACAGAUAUAACAGCAGCCCUCACUAAUGUGGUAAACACACACACACACACACACACAUCCUCAACCAUAAUUUUGCUGGAUGUGAUUCAACCACCCAGCUCAUUUUCACAUCAGCUACAGCCCAUAUAACCAUAAACAAAAUAAACUCUUACACCACUGAACAGUGAAUUUCCAGAACAGGCAGAAUUAACAUAAGAGCUCACUGGCCAAAGUAGAUGUAAAUUCAACACACGCAUUCAGCUCUGUG